AUGGCGCUAGCCGCUAGGUGUGAGAGCGGCGUGGGCGUGCUCCGCCACCUGCCCGGCGCCGCCGUCACGCCGCUAGCGCUGGCCGCCGCCGGCGCCGCCGACCUGCUGGGCGGCGUGCGGGCCCACCUCGCGCCGCACCACGCGCGCGACCACGCCGACAAGUGGCGCCCCUACGCGCCGCCCUCAGGUAGACACACUACAACUAGACAAGUCACGCCGCUAGCGCUGGCCGCCGCCGGCGCCGCCGACCUGCUGGGCGGCGUGCGGGCCCACCUCGCGCCGCACCACGCGCGCGACCACGCCGACAAGUGGCGCCCCUACGCGCCGCCCUCAGGUAGACACACUACAACUAGACAAGUCACGCCGCUAGCGCUGGCCGCCGCCGGCGCCGCCGACCUGCUGGGCGGCGUGCGGGCCCACCUCGCGCCGCACCACGCGCGCGACCACGCCGACAAGUGGCGCCCCUACGCGCCGCCCUCAGGUAGACACACUACAACUAGACAAGUCACGCCGCUAGCGCUGGCCGCCGCCGGCGCCGCCGACCUGCUGGGCGGCGUGCGGGCCCACCUCGCGCCGCACCACGCGCGCGACCACGCCGACAAGUGGCGCCCCUACGCGCCGCCCUCAGGUAGACACACUACAACUAGACAAGUCACGCCGCUAGCGCUGGCCGCCGCCGGCGCCGCCGACCUGCUGGGCGGCGUGCGGGCCCACCUCGCGCCGCACCACGCGCGCGACCACGCCGACAAGUGGCGCCCCUACGCGCCGCCCUCAGAUCCAGCAGAGUAAGAAGAAAACGGUUUAUGGUGACGUACGGCUCAUUGGAAUACGAGAAUUUAUAUUAGUCACACCUAGAUGCUUCUGUUUACAUUAUAAAAACAAUUCAGUUAGCUACGUGUCUUUUUACCACUUGUUAAUAAUUAGAUACUACGGUCACAAAAAAAAUCUUAAUGAAACAACUCCUAAAAGCACGUUAGUUCUUUAUUAGCAAGUAGUAAAACUGGUUUAAGUGUAGAAACUCUAAAUAGGCUAUAAUUUCACUUUAAUUCGCAUAAAUUGAUUGAGGCACUCUUCAAAUGGCGGCUGUUGAAUGUAGAAAAUGAUAUUAUAAUAUCAGAAGUUCAGAACGUAAAUAAACAAACUUCCACUUUACUGUAGUGGUUUAUAAUGUGAUGUAUUUUUAUAAGAAGAGUUAUAAGCUGUAAAGGCAUUUGGUACAAAAUUUUGUAUGAACAGCUAUACUUUUUUCUGUGAUCAAUUUCUCACCCUUUUAAAAGUAUCUAUAAAGCAGAUUUAUACUUUUUCCGUAAGGCCAAUAAGUUGUGAUCUUAUAACAUGAUACAAACGACUUCUACGAUGCUAUAUCAUUCUAUAGUUUUUGGAAAUGUCAACGAGUCUUACAGAAUUACUGUUUGUCCAUAAAAUUUUGGUUUACAGCUUUAUCACGGCCUAAUGACCAAACAAUUUUGAGAAUGUAAUCCAUGACCAAUUACAAUCGUCGUAAGAAUGAUUUUGUCGCGAUGUUUUGGUCAUUCACUUACUUACUCCUAGAAAGUCAUUGGUUACAAAAUUGUGGUAACGCUAAAACUCCUAAUUUAAGUGUUGCAACUCGAUACUUUAAUGAUAACUGUUGUUAUGGCGUGUCUGCUCUUUAGAAGAAACAAGCAUUUAUAUUCGCAAAUUUCAAUUUUUUUUAAAGAAAACAGACCUCGAUAUAUUAGCUUUCGUUUCCUGAAGACUAGUUCAAUUUAAAAACUCCAUUUUUAUCGUGGCAUGUUUGUUCUAAAGUCCAUAUACACGCCCUUGUACUGUGUUCAACUUUGUUUCGUUUAAAGAUUUUACCAAUUAAUUAACGAAAGCGGGCAUGAAACGGGAAACAUGCUUUGCCUUCUCGAGACUGGUGCUUAUUUGAUUAGCAUUUUAGAGCAUUUAGUGGCAUAUUGUGUAGUCUAAAACGGAUGUAAAUAUUUUACAUAAUUGACGGGGACGAGAUGUCGGGUGCCAUGACAGGAAGGUAAAAUUAAUUAAAUAUUUAUCUCCUUUUAUAAUGCCAAAUGUAAUCGAAAUAAACGAAAGAAAAUUUAAAAACAUUUUUAUACUGAUGUAUUAGUGGAAAUGAUGUACACAUCCCAAUGCAUACAGUAAAAUAAGAAUUUUAUAA